CAGUAAUUCGCCAAAAUGACAAACAAAAAGGGAAAGAGGAGAGGCACCCGAUAUAUAUUCUCUAGGCCUUUUAGAAAACAUGGAGUUGUUCCUUUGGCCAUGUAUAUGCGAAUCUAUAAGAAAGGUGAUAUUGUAGACAGCAAGGGAAUGGGUACUGUUCAAAAAGGAAUGCCCCACAAGUGUUACCAUGGCAAAACUGAGAGAGUCUACAAUGUUACCCAGCAUGCUGUUGGCAUUGUUGUAAACAAACAAGUUAAGGGCAAGAUUCUUGCCAAGAGAAUUAAUAUGCAUAUUGAGCACAUUAAGCACUCUAAGAGCCGAGAUAGCUUCCUGAAACGCGUAAAGGAAAAUGAUCAGAAAAAGAAAGAAGCCAAAGAGAAAGGUACCUGGGUUCAACUAAAGUGCCAGCCUGCUCCACCCAGAGAAGCACACUUUGUGAGAACCAAUGGGAAGGAGCCUGAGCUGCUGGAACCUAUUCCCUAUGAAUUCAUGGCAUAAUAGGUGUUAAAAAAAAAAAAUUAAGGACCUCUGGGCUGUAAAAAUGUUUCUCUUCAUUGAGUAGAAGUGUGGUGUC